UCUUCUUCUUCACUUUCACUUUCACUUUCACUUUCACCCUUUCUUCUUCAUUAAAUGCUCACUCCCACUCUGUAUAUAAAACUCCCUUUCGAAAAUCCGCCAUUUCCACACACCUUCAAUCACGUUCGAUUUUCGCCCGCAAUCUCCCAAUCCGCCCGCUGCUUUCGGGCCUCUGUCUGUGGAAAUUUCACGCCGCAAGGCUAUUCAGUCCUUGCUUUUUUACUGCAUUUAUUGGUUCGAGUAUCAAGGCCUUUUUUCAGUGAGAGAGGCUGGGGAUUCAAAUCCUGCACUGGUUUUUUUUUGUUUCUGAUUGUUGAGGCGGUUUGAUUAUCAAAGUUGGGGUUUUUCGCCUGGCUGAUUUUGAUGCUGAUUUCGCCCUCAGGUGAAAGGAAAGGACGGUGGAGAAGAUGAUGCAGCACAAAAGAGGCCCUGUCUCGCUCGAGCAAAGUAGCUUCAUGGACUUAAUGCCAAAACGUGUGAAGACUGACGUGCCCCUCUCUUCCAAGGAAAAGAAAGAGAAAGUUAGCGAAAGGAUUGCAGCCCUACAGCAGCUUGUUUCGCCCUACGGGAAGACAGACACCGCUUCGGUCUUGGAGGAUGCCAUGGACUACAUUCGGUUCCUUCACGAGCAGGUCAAGGUGUUGAGCGCGCCGUACUUGUAUAGUGCACCGGUGCAGCACCCACUGCAGGAAUACAAUGGCGAGCCAUCUGGGCUGAGAGCGACGGGGUUAUGCCUGGUUCCAGUGUCCCUUACGGUUGGAGUGGCGAGCAGCAACGGCGCCGACAUUUGGGCUCCCAUCAAGACAACCUCCAACUGGCCUUGUUGAACCCUCCUCUCUGUAAUAACCAAGAAGCUAAGGGAUUUUUAUUUUUAUUUUUCCAAGGCGAUCUGCAGCUGUACGAGGUUGCUUUGAUUCAGAGGAUGUUAGAAGAUAGAUAUUUUACGGGUACGAAGUAUGGGUAGCAUCUUAUAUAUAUAAAAUUUAUAUACGGAAACAGUCGAGGAGGCUGAAAAAUGUGUGCAGCUAAUGUCACCUUUUGUUUUUCCUUCCUCUUUUAUGUGAUAAAAAGGUUGAUAACUUAUUGUCCCAGCUCAUAUUUAUAUAUGGUGUAAUAAUAACCUUUCUUUUAUGAAAAUAGUCUAAUAAGGUAGCAAAUCCAUGUUGGGAUAGACGACAAUGUAUUUUUUAUACAGCACAAUAAUUAGCUAUAUCACAUAGAAACAUGUAUGUUGUCUGUAGUGUAUAUAUGUGCUGAUGGAUUCAAAUUCAAUAUAACAACACAGUUUUGUUUAA